UAACUUUUGUUUUAAUUUUUUGAAUUUUUUAUUUUAGUGCUUUUUUAAUAUAAUGUUAUUGUAAAGUCUUUAUUUAUUGGUGCUUUUUAAUGAAAUGUAUUCAUUAAAUACUAUUUGGUUAAUUGUAAAAACAUAUGGUUUGUCUCGAUCGUCUCAGUCUAUUCCAAUUGGAACUACAAACACUGUCUAUGUCAAAAUUUAGGAAUAAAUGGAUGCAUUCAUUUUACCACUUAUACAAAAUAAAAAAUCAUUUCUUCACAAUGUUUUUUAUAAACCAAUACAGAAUCAAUCAUUAUACAUACUCUAGUAAUUAUCAAGAUAAAUGACUUAAAAUGGGAACAUUGCAGUAUUCUUCUUAUUCAAAAAAACUUAUAUAAUUAGUCAAUUUUCAGACAUCUCUCAAAAUGCCUGAUCAUACUCUGUUGAGCCGAAAUUCUGAAGGAAGAUCUUCUGGUAGCAGUGUUAUCAGUAAUGGAAGUAUGCGCAUGGCCACAUUACCUGUGACAUCAAUUGAUGAUGGAAAAUCUAGAUUUCCAAAAUUAGAAGAGUGCGCUCAUUUUCAUUAUGAACAUGUUGAACUUGGGCCACUAAAAUUUGAUUUAAUUGAAGAAGAUGAACAAAAAUUUGGAAAUGUGGAUAAUGAUAAUGAUUAUUGGUUAACUAUUAAAGUAGAAUCACAAAAUACUGUUUGGGUUUUAAGACGAUCAUAUGAAAAUGCAAGAACUCUUGAUCAUCAAUUGCAUAAAUGUGUUUAUGAUAGGAAGUUCAGUUUACUUCCAGAACUUCAACCUGUACCAACUGAUUGUGAAAAUCCUAAUGAAUAUCUAAAAGACUUGAUUAGUAAAUAUUGCAAAAGAUUAUCUGAAAUAGCUGUUGGAAGUUUAAUUAACUGUGGACCUAUUCUUAGCUGGUUAGAAUUAGAUAAUCGAGGUCAUCACCUUUUAGUUGCUGAUGGAGAUCAUUGUGCGAUAAACACCCCUGCUGUUGCUGCAGCUUAUUCAGUCAGAAAAUAUACUGCACAUGCUUCUGAUGAAAUUUCAUUUGAUAUCGGUGAUAUAAUUUCUGUUAUUGACAUGCCAUCGCCUGAAGAAAGUGUUUGGUGGAGAGGCAAACAUGGUUUUCUAGUUGGAUUUUUUCCAUCUAGCUGUGUAGCUGUUAUAACAGACAAAGUUCCAAGAAAUCUUUACAUAAACCCUCAAAUGCUUUUUCUUUCUGAACCAACAAAACCCGUAUUGAGAAAACACGGUAAACUGAUAUCAUUUUUUCGGUCUUUUAUAUUAUCAAGACCAACACGGAGAACAUUAAAACAAUCUGGAAUAUUAAAAGAAAGAGUAUUUGGUUGUGAUCUGGGUGAACAUCUUCUAAAUUCUGGAAGAGAUUUGCCUGAUGUGUUAACUAGCUGUGCUGAGUUUAUUGAAAAAUUUGGAAUAGUUGAUGGAAUAUAUAGACUUUCUGGUGUUACAUCUAAUAUUCAAAGAUUGAGGUCGACAUUUGAUGAGGAUAGAGUACCAGCAUUAUGGGAAGAUGAAUCAAUAAGACAGGAUAUACAUAGUGUGGCCUCAUUAUUAAAAUUAUAUUUUAGAGAACUCCCCAAUCCAUUAUGCACUUAUCAACUUUAUGAUUCAUUUGUAAAUGCUGUACAAUCAGUACCUGAGAAAACUACUGAAGUCAGGUUACAGCUUAUGCGAGAAACAGUUCAAAAGUUACCUCCUCCUCAUUUUAGAACGUUAGAAUAUUUGAUGAAACAUUUAUCUCGUGUUGCUGCUCUUGGUGAACAAACAGGCAUGACAGCAAGAAAUGUUGCAAUCGUUUGGGCACCUAACUUGUUAAGAAGUAAACAACUAGAAAAUGGCAGUGGUGUUGCUGCAUUACACGGUGUUGGUAUUCAAGCUGUAGUAACUGAAUUUUUAAUUCGGUAUACAGACUAUAUUUUUAGCCCUAUUCCCAAUGUUGGAGCAAAAUUACCACCUACCAAAGGUACCCCCAAAAAGUCUCGACCUAAAUCUUUAGCAAUAUCUACUCAAACAAAACUUUUAACUCUUGAAGAAGCUCAAAACCGUGUUCUAACUUUUGCAAAAAGAAAUGAUCCUAAUUAUAUUGAAGUUGGCGGGGGUCCUUCUUGUUUACCUGAAAAAUAUCAUACUGUUAUUGAUUUACCAUCAAGAAGAUGUAAUACUAAUAAAAGGCGUUCACCAUUAAGAUGGAAAUCAUUAUUUACUCGUGGUGGAAGUAGUAUUUCGCUUGGAGUUUUACCACUUCGUAAAAAGUCUGAACCAAAUUUAACACCUAAAUAUAUGGAUUCAAAAGAAUGUGUACGCCAAAGUAUAACUGAAGGUAUGAAUAUUCAAGAUACACCUAAAUCUUCAAAGUCAGUAAGUGAAACAAUGUCUUUAAGAGAAAUUAAAGGGACGCCUCCAUGUUCUCCUCCUGGAUUCUGUGGUUCCAACUCAAUUGGUCAUAAUCGUUCUGUGUCCCAUGAUUCUUAUUUUGAUCAACUUGCUGACCAAGAAGAUCUGGAAGCAUCACCUAUUCUUCACCCAAGUCAAGAAGAUCUAAGUGAUUUGCAAGUUAACUUUGAUUUAGAUGAGUCUGAUAUGAGAGUAUUUUCUGAUGAAGAUACUAAUCAUAUUUUUAGUAAUCGUUCAAGUAUGGAACACUUACAAAAUGUGACUACUAAUAACUUGAAUAGUAGUUCUAAACGUUUACCAAUAUUAGCACACGCAGAAGAUUCAUUAAGUGCAGAUCCAUCACCAAAGAAAAAAAAAACUACCGAUUCAAAUAAAGAAAGCGACCAUACAAAAAAUAAUAGGCUAUCAUAUUUAGAAGAACGAUUUGCUUCACCCGAUAUACGAUUCAUUGAUAGUCAAUCUCCAGAACAUAUGACUGUUGCUGCAGACAUACCUACAGAAUGUGAUCAAAUUAUGACAGAUGUUGAAAGUAAUGAAACUGGUACAGGUUCAUUAUCUACUACUACCACACCUACUCUUUCAUAUUGUCCAUUAUCAGAAGAUAGUUAUAGUGACAAAAACACUACACCUGGUUACCAGGCUAUUUUAAUUGAUUUUUGUGUAUCAGAUGUUUUAACUAAAAACCUUUUAACUACCCCUCGAAAUCGGUUAAGUUAUCAAGGUGACUUAAGAAAUAAAAGUUUAUCAAAUGACCGACGUAGUUUUCAAGAAAUAAAAUUAAGAAAUAUCCGAGAUGAUGCUCCAUGUGAAUCUCUUAAUAACAAUAAAAUUGAAGAAAAAGUGAAAUCAGAUAUUUCUAUUUUAACUGAAUCCCUUAGCUCUCCCAAAAAAGCUGGAUCUAUGUAUGAAAUUGUUAUGGGUAACAAUUAUGAACGUUUGGGUCACAAAAAUUCAAUUUUUCAUCAAGAUGAUUCUAGUUAUGAAGAAGUAAUGCCAUCUUGUAAAGAUUCUACUGAUUCAAUAGAUAACUUAAAUUUUGAAACAGAGAAAUCUGUUGAAAAUAUACAUUAUGAAAUAUUGGUUGUUACUAGUCCUGAUUCUUGCAACUCCAGUCAACAUGAAAUAUCAAUUUCUUCACAGGAUAAAGUAGAGAAUGAAAAUUUAAAAAUUAAAGAAAUUGUGAAUAAUCAAAACAUAUUAGAUGAUUAUUUAGUUUCACCUUCAAAUGAAGAUACUGAAAUGUUAAUACAAGAUAGACUUGAAACAACAAUUUUACCAAUUGAAAAUGUUGAAAAUAUUGAUAAUAUAACAAAUGGUGCAAACAUUUCAGUGACAUCUAAUGAAGAAAUUUCUGAGAAUAAAGUGGAUUUAUUAUUAGACUCAAAUAGACGCAAAUUUGAAUCAGAAAUUGGAAGAGAUAUAGUACAUGAAAGACGUAUGAGAAAAGAAUUGAUGGAGAAUUCAAGUUCUACUGGAAAUAAGGAAAAUAAAAAUAAGUUUCAUGAAUCAUUAAAUAAAUUUGAUUCUAAUAAGUCUCCCAAAAACAGUUCAACAUGGAUAAAAAAUAGAAGACUACGUAACAAUUGUCAGCAUGUUACUAGUACAGUUUCAUUAGAUGCUUUUAAUUUUCCAAUUGAUACACAAAAUUUGGAACGUGUAAAUACAUCACCAAAUCUUAUAAGCUCAGAAAUUAGUUGUCAAAAAUCUGAUUCGUCUAAUGAUAUGGAUGCUACAAGACGUGAACGUAUUGACCGUUAUAAAGAAGAACGUAGGCAAGCUCUCCGUGAACGUUUUAAAAUAUCUGAAAGUAUUCAAUAUGAUGACGAUAUAAUUAAACGUUUAAGAGCUAAGACAUUGAAAUCUCCAGAUGAAUGCACUGAAACUAAUAUUAACACAUCCAUUAAACAACCAAAACAUUUAGUAAAGAUAAUCACUUAUGACGAACGUGAUACUUUAUCUAUAGAUCCUGAGAAAAAGGAAUGGUAUACACAAAGUUUAGAACGUAAAAAAUGUUCUAAAAAAGAAACUAAAGGUUUAGUAGCAUCAAGAGUAAAUCAGUUGACUGGAUGUAAAACUUCUGAUGAAAUUAAUAACAAAAAUACUUUAAAAACUAAAACAGAUAAACAGACUGCAAAUUCGAUUCGACAAAGAGCACAUAGUACUAGUGAUAGACCGCCCCAAUUUUGUAUAAAAGAUAUGGCUGCAUUCUUCGAACAAAAACAGUAAAAGAAAAAUGUUAUUAUAUUUUAUUAGGUAAUUUAUAAAUUGAUUAUUUAUUAUCAGUAUAAAAUAAAAAUGUAUUUAUUAGAAAUAAUGACUUAAUUAAAUAGUUUCAAAUAAGAAGUUAUUCAAUUAAUUAAUUAAGUACUAAAUUAUAGUUCUAUAAUUUCAUGACAAAUAAUAAAUAAUAAUCAAUUAAUCUCUAACAAUUUCAUAAUUUUUAGUUGUAAGCUGUUAUAAAAUAUAUAGAUGAUAUAUUUGUGUCCUAAUUAAGUUUAAAAAUGUCGUUUUGUUAUUAAAACUAAUUCUGUGAUAGUGAUUUUUAUUAAGUCUGUAUUUUAGACCUUGUGAAAUAUUUUGUAGAGUAUAAUAAAAUAUUUGCUUUUUUACUCAUAUCUUAUUCAUAGUAUUAUAUGGAUAUACAAAUUAUGACACUUUUAGUGAAAACCUAUAUGUUCUUCUAUAAAUUCUAUUGUUAUUUAAUGGUUUUCUUUGAAUAAAAGCAGUUAGUUACUAACAGCAUUAUUUAGUAUGUUUUAUGACAAACAUUAUUUUUUUAUUUAAAUCUUGUAUUAUUUUUUAAUAAAACUCAAUAAUUAAAUGAAGUAUGAAUUACAUAACUUUGGCCAAAGAUAAAAUUAUAGUCAAUAUUCGAUACAUCAUGAAUGUAUGCCAAAUGUAUAAAUUGACUUUUUAGUCUGAGACAAUAUAUAUGUCUAAUAAUAUAAUUUUGUUUGUAUUGUAUAUUUUUAAUUAUUUUUAUUUUAUAAUUGUUUUGAUAAAAUCUUUCUGAGAUGUUGUAUGACAAUAGUUUUUGACUUUAAAAUGACUUUUCAUACCAGAUCUACUUCAAUAAAAGUAUUAUAAUGUAUAACAGUACAAGUAACUUAAAUCAUUGAUUUUUAUAUAGUUGAUUGUUUUUUAUUUAACAUAAUAUAAUAUCAUUGUAUUCAUUUUUUUAAUAAAAUUAUCUUGUGUUUUAAUUAUAUUUAAGUGUUCUGAAAUAUUUUAAAUUUCAACACUGCUAACUUAGUUUUAUAAACUAACUACUAAAUUUCAAUACCUUUGUUUUACUAUUAUUUAAAAAAAAAAUUUUUUAUCAUUUAUAUUAUUUUGUAUAAUUUAUUACUUAAAACCUAUCAAUUAUCUAAUUUAACUCACAUUAUUAAUAUAUUGUAAAAGUGUGGUUAUUAUUAUAGUACUUGUUUAUUUUUUUGUUUUUUUUUUUUUGUUGUUUUUGCGGUUCUCCGUAAUUUGUUAUUUUUAUUUGAGAAUAUCAUUUAGUAUGUAAAACUUCAUUUAAUUUAAAAUUUAUUUAUUAAUGAAUAUAAGACGUAUUAUGUAUUAACAAUAUAUCUUACUUAUUUUCAAUAAGUAUUACACUAUUACUCUAUCUUUAUGUAUAUUUUUCACUAUUUUAAUUUUAUUAUUAUAUUUUUUUAUGACCGUCAAUAACUUAUAAUAUUAAUUUUUAAUUUUGCUAGUUAAAAAUAGUGUCUAGCCUAAUAAUAAUUUACAACAUGUUAAGCUACUCAGAUAUUGUUGUGCACAAAUUGUAAAAACAUGUAUAUCUAAGUGUUUUCUUUUAAGUUUAUAUUAUUAUUUUAUAUUAUUUUUUUUUACUUUACCUGUAACACCAAAAUUAACAAAAAAAAAAAAUUACCAUGUUCUGUUUGGCUUUUAAACAAAAUACAUAACAAUCAUUGAAAACAAA